CUCUUUCACAGUCAGUCACAGCUCCCGACCAACAAAUAUCUCACUGUAUGCAUCUAUUCUCUACAUACACAGAGACGCACACUUGAACUGAAAAAAAAAACAAUUCUUCUGUUGGCUCUUGUGUAAAGGCGCUUUCAAUCUCAAAGAGCUUGGCUCUUGUUUCUGCAAGCUUAAUAAUGGCGUCACGAUCUGCUUUUCUACUCUUCUUCUUUAUACUCUCUCUAGCCGCGGAGAGGAGUCUAGCCUCCUCCGUCUUUUCCUCGAGGCUGAUCCACCGCUUCUCCGACGAAGGCAGAGCGUCGAUUAAGCCUCCGGAGCCCUUCCCGGAGAAGCGGAGCUUUGAGUAUUACCGUUUUCUCGCGAGUAUUGAUUCAAGAAGACAGAGGAUGAAUCUCGGUGCCAAGUCUCAGUCCCUUGUUCCAUCAGAAGGAAGCAAGACGAUUUCUACCGGAAACGACUUUGGAUGGCUACAUUACACGUGGAUCGACAUUGGGACACCGAGUGUAUCGUUUCUUGUGGCGUUAGAUUCCGGAAGCGACCUUCUUUGGAUUCCUUGCAACUGUCUGCAGUGCGCUCCCUUAUCUUCCACUUACUACACCAGCCUGGCUACUAAAGAUCUGAACGAGUACAAUCCAUCAGCUUCAAGCACCAGCAAGGGGUUUCUCUGCAGCCAUAAGCUGUGUGAGUCAGCUCCAAGCUGUGAGAGUCCGAGGGAGCAGUGUCCGUACACUGUUGACUACGCUAGUAACAACACCUCCAGCUCGGGAUUGCUUGUUGAGGAUGUCUUGCAUCUUGCGUAUAGUGCCAACGCUUCUUCCUCUGUCAAGGCUCGACUUGUUGUAGGAUGUGGUAAGAAGCAGAGUGGUGACUUUUUGGAUGGGUCUGCUCCAGAUGGUGUGAUGGGGUUAGGACCUGGAGACAUCUCUGUUCCGAGUUUUCUUUCUAAAGCAGGACUCAUGCGUAACUCUUUCUCCAUGUGCUUUGAUGAGGAGGACUCGGGAAGGAUUUACUUUGGUGACAUGGGACCGUCCACGCAGCAAUCAACACGUUUCCUUCCGUACCACAACGAAUUUGUAGCCUACAUUGUGGGUGUUGAGGCUUGUUGUAUUGGCAAUUCGUGUCUAAAGCAGACGAAUUUCACAACCCUUAUUGACAGUGGACAGUCAUUUACUUUUCUACCUCAAGUAGUAUACAGAGAAGUUGCACUGGAGAUUGAUAGUCAUAUAAACGCUACUGCUAAGAAGGUUGAAGAUGGCCCAUGGGAGUACUGCUAUGAAACUAGUGUUGAGCCAAAGGUACCAGCGAUCAAACUCAAGUUUUCGUCCAAUAACACAUUCGUGAUCCACAAACCUUUGUUUGUACUCCAACGAAAUCAGGGGCUUGUUCAGUUUUGCUUGCCUAUCAGAGCUAGUGAACAAGGCAUUGGAUAUGGAGUCAUAGGACAGAACUACAUGAGAGGGUACCGAAUAGUUUUCGACAGAGAGAGCAUGAAGCUUGGCUGGUCACCUUCCAAAUGUCAAGAGGAUAAGAUAGCGCCACCUCAGGAAGCUUCACCAGGAAGCACUUCAUCGCCAAAUCCACUGCCAACAGAAGAGCAACAAAGCAGAAGCCAUGCGGUUUCUCCAGCAAUUGCAGGUAAAACUCCUUCCAAAACAUCGUCAUCAACAUCAUUACCACCAUGCUGCUUCUCUUCCAUGAGAUUAUUCAACUCCCUUCUUGUACUUCUACUUCUUCUACGUGGAGUUGCCUCUUAUAUGUAGAGAGUACCAUUGUCUCGUAAAAAAAAAAAACAUAACUAUUUUGCCUUCGCAUAUAUUAAUUAAUAUAAGAAGAAGAGUUCAUUUUAAAA